CAACAGCUGGAAUUCGAGUCCUUGUCGAGUACCCGUGAAUUCAUGAAACUCCAUUCUUUGUCAAGUGCCUGUGAGUCAGUGAAACUCAAGUCUUCAUCGGCCCAUGAGUCAGCGGAACUCGAUUCUUCGUCAAGUACAUGUGAUUCAGGGAAAUUCUAGUCUUCGUCAACUCGUGAGCCAGUGGAACCUGAGUCUUUGUUGACUACCUGUGGGUUAGUGAAACUCGGGUUCUCGUCAACCCGUGAGUCAGUGGAACUCAAAAGUCUUCGUCAAGCACCUGCGACUUUGUGAAAUUCAAGUCUUCAUCAACCCGUGAGUCAGUGGAACUCGAGUCUUUGUUUAGCACCCAUGAGUCAGUGAAAUUUUGAGUCUUUGUUGAGUACCCAUGAAUUUGUGAAAAUCGAUUCUUCUUCAAGUACGUGUGAGUCGGAAAUUCUAGUCUUCGUCAACUCGUGAGUCAGUGGAACUUGAGUCUUUGUUGACUACACGUGGGUUAGUGAAACUCGGGGUCAACCGGGGAUUCAUGUCAAACUCAAGUCUUCGUCAAGCACCUGUGACUUUGUGAAGCACGAGUCUUCGUCAACCCGUGAGGCAGCGAAACUGGAGUCUUUAGCAAGCACUCGUGAAUCAGUGAAACUCAAUCAUCGCUGAGCACCUGUGAGUCAGUGAAACUCGAGUCGUCAUUGAGUAUCUGUGAGUGUGAAACUUGAGUCUUUGUCAAGCACACGUGACUUAGUGAAAGUUGAUCUUCACUGAGUAUCUGUGAGUUUGUGAAACUCAAGACUUCAGUGAAACAUGAGGCUUCGUCGAGUACCUGUGCGUCAAUGAAACUUGAGUCUUUGUUAACCUGUGAGUCAGUGAAACUCGAGUCUUUGUCAAGCAAUGCAAGGCAAGUUUAUUUAUAGAACACGAUUUGUGAUUCACUCGUGACCCAAGUUGUCAUUGAGCAUCUGUGAGUUUGUGUGAACUCUAGACUUCAUUGAACAUCUGUGAAUCAGUGAGUCUUUGUCAACUCGGGAGUCAGCGAAACUCGAGUCCUGGUCAACCCUUGAGUCAGUGAAACUCGAGUCUUUCUCGAGCAUCCGUGACUGAGUGAAACUUGAUAUUUGUCAAACACUUGUGAGUCAGUGAAACUUGAGUCUUUGUUGAUGAUCCGUGAGUCCGUGGAACUCGAGUCUUCUUUGAGCGACUGUGAGUCAGUGAAACUCAAGUCUUCAUCAACUUCUGAGUCAGUGAAACUCAAGUGUUUGUCGAGCAACUGCGAAUCAGUUAAUGAGAGUCUUUAUCAAAACGUGAGUCAGUGAAACUUUAGUCUUCGUCUAGUACCUGUUAGUCAGUGGAGCUCCUGGACUCAGCCAGUGAAUCGUUCGUUUUAUCGAGCGUGUGAUCUUGGGCGGGAAGGGGAAAGGUGAGUUGAUUUGAGGCAAGGUCCAGAUCUGAAAUCUGGGAAUCUUGCCAAAAAUCAUCUGAAAAGUGCCUUUUUCUGUCAUUUUUGGGUUGGGGGGGCCAGGUCCUGCAGAGUUAAAUGCUAGACACUUUAUAUUUUGCAUAGUAGUACCGGCGUUUGUGUGCUACCUCCGCUUACCAUCACUGGUGUUCCUGAGUACCACUAGGUGGCGCCUGCGCACUACAAGCGGUACUCCUUCCGUAGUUUGCGUGUGAAACGCCAUCUCCAGAAGGGGGCGGUACUGUGACGUGUUGUAGUGUUGUAUCUGAUUAGACCGUGUCGUUGAUGCUGUGGCCUUUGAGUCAUGUAUGGAAAAUGUUGCACUUUAUUCUUACCAAGCAAGUUAUUUGGAUUUGAAUGUAAAUCUAAGACUUCAGCUCUACAUUCUAUUCGUGAAUGAUCUGUGAGGCACUCCCACUUUAGUCACUUCAUAUGAUCAACUGUUCCAGUGUGUGUGUUUGUGCUGGCAGUAUUUAUAUCCCUCACAGCACAGGAAAGUGAUCUGAGCCCAUCUGCAAAUACCAUCCUGGGCAGCAUAGCCUUCCUAAUAUAACCCCCCCCCCCGCACACGGCUAAGGGGGGCCGCGGGCCUCAACAGGAGUCUCUGCAGUCUGGACUGUGUUUGCCUCACCUGCUUAAAUGGACGGCCCGAGGAAGGGAGGAGAUUCGGAGGAAGUGGAGAUUGACCUGGGGGGUUCCAGUGACCCUGAGGAGCUGGAUGACGGCGAGCAGACGCCAUGGAGGCCCCCCCCUGACCCGCAGGACGAAGAGGAAAACAUUCAUACGUCUUCUUUGGUGGAUAUCAGCGAUACCAAACCUCUGCUUGACGUCAGAGACCCUCGAGGGAUCAACGACUGCCUAAAGGUGACGUUUGAGGAUGUCAUCGCAGAGCCAGCGUCAGUGCGCAGCGGCGACCGAGUGUGGAUUUGGAGCCACGCCCUGUUCGAAGUGAGCAGAGUGUGGAUCUACAGGAUGGUCACGGUGCUCCUGGCCAUUCCCAUGUCUCUCCUCUCUGGGAUCCUCUUUGCCGUCCUCAGCUGCAUCCACAUCUGGAUGAUAGGCCCGUGCAUCCAGGGCAUUCUUAUCGGAACUCGCUGGCUGCGGAGCCUGUGGAACGUGGUGCUGGACGUCAUCGUGCGCCCCCUGCUGACCAGCGCAGGACGAUGCUGUGGGGGCUUCAGCGUUCAUCUGGCUGAGGAAUGACUUUUUUUGUGUGUGUUCAUUUGGCUUGUGAAGUGGACACGCCCACCCGUGGCGGACGAAGCCUUAUGCUUGAAUUACCAGGAUGUUCCUAAUGUUUACUGCUGCUUUGCUCCACGUGUGCUAUUGAUGACAGGACACGUCAUCAUUUUAAUGCUUCAUAAUUUCACAUGGAAACAUUUUGGCAAAAUUAUUUAAAAAAUAACAAUUAUUGAGGAGGAUUGUUUUUUUUAAUGCUUUGCUCCAGGGAAUGGGCCAAAUUAUUAGGGACACUUCUCAGCUGUUUGUGAAUAAAACUAUUUCUAUUGUCUCACAGGACUGUGUGUUAUACUGUAACAAAUAAUAUACUGUGACAAAAUAAUAGGAAACAGCAAUAAUAAUCACAUUUGUACAUGUCAGAUGCGUUAAAGCCGUUCACGCGACAAUACAGCUCCUUUAAAUUGUGUUUU